ACGCUCUUUUUGAUUGGGUAGACAUACCGGAAGUUAUGUGGUGACAAUGCACGCAUUGGUUUUCGGUGGGAAAACAAUCGAAACUUCGAUAUCAUGUACAAUUUAUAAACUAUAUACUUAUUAUUCUUACCGAAGAGAAAGCAGAUGCGUACCGAAUAAAUACUUUUAAAAUUUUCGUCACCCCAAGUAUUUGGGAUUAUUGGAAAAAGUUAACCCUCCCUAUUGUUUGCUAGCACGCUAGCGAGAGUCCAUUGAGAUCCGGUUGUUGCGGCCAAAGUACGAAUUUUAUGGCGAUCUGUGUCUUGUGAGUAACCGUAGCAUCUGAAGAGAAAACAGACUCUUAAUCCCGCACACUGGUUGAUUAACAAGCAUCAACAACAACAUGCCCGAAAUCAAACUCCAACACGUCGUGUCGUGCAGCACGGAGGACAAUACUCACAAAGCAGACAACCUGCUGAGCUCCGACACUUAUCGAAAGUGGAAGGCGGCGAGAGCCGGAGAGAAGCAAACUUCGGUCAUCUUGCAGCUUGAGAAGGAGGAGCAGGUGCACAGCAUCGACAUUGGGAAUGAAGGCUCUGCUUUCGUGGAGGUGCUGGUGGGGAAUUCCUCAUCCGCCAGAGAGCAGGACUACGAGGUGCUGCUGGUCACGUCGUCCUUCAUGUCACCCACAGAGAGUCGGAACGGCACCAACAUGAACAGGGUGCGCUUCUUCGGACCCGGUCAGCUGCAGAAGAGCACGGCGCAGGGGAAGUGGGACCGGGUGAAGAUUGUCUGCAGCCAGCCGUACAGUAAGAACAUCGCCUAUGGCCUGGCCUUCGUCAAGUUCCAUUCUCCUCCAGACAAAAACCAUCCUCCGGUGACAUCCCCGAAGCUGACUAAGCUGGGUCAGUUCAGGGUGAAGGAAGAUGCUCCCUCGUCUAGCGCCAACCUCCAGCCUGGCAGUCUGUUUUUCAGCCGGGAAGCUGCGGCCAAGUCCAGUGCUUCUCCGAAAGUGUCUCCUCCAAGCAACAAGAUGAGCUACGCCACUGUUGCCCUGCAGGCCGCCGGCCCGCCCACCUCCUCAUCAGGCCAAGCCUCAUCUUCCUGCUCUGCCUCGCCACAGCCGCCUGCUAAGAGAAAGUUUGAGUUCAGCAAAGAGCGCCAGUGCACCCCCGGGCCCGUUCCCUCCAAGAAAAGCAGCCCUGGCAUCUCGCCUGAGUUCAAACCUGUCACACCUAAGUUGAAGGGCGGCACACCGAAUCCCGGCGCCCCCAAAGCCUCACCAGUCGAGGCAACCUCCUCCGCUGAAAAGAAGCGGGCCAGUUUGCCCAAACCCAAACAGCAAAAAACCACCAAAGCACAGAGUCCGGACCAAGUUCCCUUCAAGCGCAUCAUGGAGGGGGUGGUGUUUGUCCUCAGCGGCUUCCAGAAUCCCUUCAGAGGCGAGCUGAGGGAGAAGGCGCUGGAAAUGGGAGCCAAAUACAGACCGGACUGGACGCCUGACUCAACACACCUCAUCUGUGCCUUCGCUAACACCCCCAAGUACAGCCAGGUGAAGUCAGCAGGGGGCAUCAUCGUGCGCAAGGAGUGGGUGAUGGACUGCCAUAAAAAGAAACAGAAAAUCUCCUACAAACGCUAUUUGAUGGAUGGCGCAGAGUCCAGCUCAGAGAGUGGAAUGGAGGCGGACGACCAGAGCGAGGAGGAAAUCAGUACAAAGACUCCGCCUAAGCCUCAGAGGCAGGUCACUCCUAAAAAGGAGGCAGAGGAGAGGAAGGUAGACGAGUAUGCCGCCUCCACUGAUGUUGACGAUGAGCCAGACGAUGAUGACGAAUCAGCCGCAGACACAGAGGAUGAGCUGCAGAGAGUGGAGACGGAGAACAGACAGAAGAAAGUGGCGGCCAACAAGGCGCCAAAGGAGGACGAUCCUUACGGUGGCUCCACGGAUGAGAACACGGAUGCUGAGGAGGAACAGGAUCAUCCCAUCCCAGAACUUCCCGACUUCCUGAAAGGGAAGCACUUUUUCCUCUACGGGAAAUUCCCCGCCAAUGAGCAGCGACUCCUGACACGCUACAUCAUUGCCUUUAAUGGCGUGCUGGAGGACUACAUGUCAGACAAGGUGCACUUUGUGGUCACCAGCCAAGGAUGGCACGCCUCCUUCGAGGAUGCUCUGAUGGACAACAGCAACCUGAAUUUUGUCAAACCUGCUUGGAUUUACAACAUCAACGAGCGCCAGAGGCUGCUGCCCUACCAGCCAUACACGGUGGUGCCUUGAAGACACGCCCGAGGGGCCACCAUCUUUUGUGUCUUUGCUAUCCAUAGCUAGGGAAGAACAUUCUAUUCAUCAGCUGCCGAUGUUUGGCAGUCCUUUUCAAUGUGGGGACUUUCUUUCUCUAAAUGUUACCCGCUGAAGCCACACAUAUUCUCUUUUGGUUUGAGUCGCCGUGUACCGCAGCUACCUGGGCUCUCUGUCUGUGAGAUGAGAUGAGCCCAUGCAGGCGAGCCCGCCUUUAUGAAGCCGCUGCAGUCAGGCAAAGGUCAAGUUACCUGGGGACGACUUUUUCUCUCUGUGAAAGCCCAAUUGGACUGUGUGUGUGUGUGUGUGUGUGUGUUUUUCAGGUUUGAUCAGACUGCUUUAUUUGUAAUAAUGUGAGGACGUUGGUGUCUGAGGGCAACACAGCUUUGAUUUGCUUUUAAUAAACAGAAUAGACUUUUUAAAGUUU